AUGCCCCCUCUCCGGCCCCAUUCUCAGCGCAUUGACAUUUCCACACAAGCUUGCGAUCUCUGCCGGAAGCGCAAGGUCAAAUGUCAGCUCCCAGACUCUCCAUCUGGAACACCAAAUUCACGAUGCGCGCGCUGCGAGCGAUUGAAUCGGCCUUGCACCUUUCUCGCCCCCUGUAAAACCAGAGGCCCGAAAAAACGGUCCCAAAUCAGUGUGGUCCAGGCCGUGGUACAACAGCCCCCGCCAGCGAAUGACAGCCAUCGCAAGGCAGGCAUCUGCGCCGCGGACGAUCUGUGCGAGGAAACUCUCUUCCACCGCAUCAUGCAAGAUUAUCUGGACCACGUCUACCCCCUCGUUCCCAUCGUUCACCGCCCCUCUUUCCAAGAAUGCCUGCGCCGAGGCCGACACGAGGAAGACACUGGGUUCCUUGCCUUGACCGUCGCCAUUGCCGCAGUGGUUGUCGCGACGAUGCCCAGCAAGUUCCGGUCGUACCGAUCGCACGACCCUCCCUUGCGCUUUGCCACGCGCCGCGAGAUGGUUCGCUUCUGCUACGAGAAGAACCUGGGCUUGAGGACGUCCUACUAUUUUGACGAGAUCAAUUUCCAGAAGUUUGCCGCCUCCUUCCUGCUCUUCGCUGCCUUUCUGCAGCUGGGAGACCAUAAUCGCGCCCGGAUGCUGGAUGUGGAGUCGAUGCAGUUCGCUCGUCUUCUGAAUCUCCAUUCUAUCUCGGCUUACGACGGGCUCAAUUCCAUUGAGACGCAAUUGCGGAAGAAGGGCUUCUGGUUGGUGUUUUAUGGGUUUGUCCAUUCGCAAUUGCAGAAUAUGCUCGGCGAGCGGCUCUCGUAUCUAGAUCCUGUUCAGCUCCAACUAAUCAACCCCGACGAUCUGAUGCCCCUCGAGGUUGACGACGAGUUUAUCUUCGAGCACGAGGUGCUGAUGCCGCCUGUCCCGACAUCAUGUCUGACCACCGGAUUCAAUAUUCACUCACGCGUCUUCUGGGCUGCCAUCCGCAGCCCUCAUCCGAAGAACGGCCUAGCCGAACCUUGCGCUUGUGUUCGAGCCCAAGACACUGAUGUCCGGUUGGCAUACCUGCGGGACCGGCUACAGUGUAUGCAGAAUUUGCUGCACGAUGUGCCACCAUCGCUGCGGCUCUGGGAAGUAUCGGGCAACUCCCUCCAGGAUCUGGCUUCGGAUGAAUUCUCUGCUCUGCUACGGUCGUCGUUUGAGUCCAUGCGUGUCAACAUCCACGUUACUCAUCUCUGGCUGCAGAGCCUGCUCCUUGACCAAUUAGAGGCUUCGCAGGCGGCGCAAGGUCUGUCAGCAGCCGAUAGCCCGGGCUUGAACACAUCCCUUGCAGACACAAGAAUGCUCUGGCAGACAAGGGAGGAGCUUUGUCGUCAGCUUUUCUUUCUGCUCUACAAUGUUCCGGAACUCAACCUGGAAAUCAACGGUCUUCAUCUAGCCUACAAAGUGCGGGAUAUCGCCUCCGUCAUGUUGAAUUGCCCGUUCCAGGCCGGCGAGCCUGAAGCAGAAAGAGCGGCAGAGUACAUCCGUCUCGCUACCGAGAUACUGUCUCGGCUUGACACCAGUGAAAGUGUGAAUACGAUGAAUUUACAGGCCUGGGUCGAUACAGAUCGUAUUCGCCCAACAUGA